AUGCGCCCCCCGCCCGCGCUGGCCCUGGCCGCGCUCUGCCUGCUGGCGCUGCCCGCCGCUGCCGCCGCCGCCUACUUCGGUCCCGGCUCGCUGUCGGAGUUCGCGCCCCGAGCUCGGUCUCUGGCUUCCCCAGCUCCGGCCCCGAUCUGCUGUCCCACUGGGUCCUCUUCGCCGCCGCCCUUCCCACCCCGCCCUGUCCGAGACCUCAUCCCGCCCACUCCGCCCGACCUAGGACCCCGGCCCGAGCUCCCGGACUCUGCACACGUUUCGGACCCUGGCCCCAUCCGCACGGCGCGCCCGGUCCCUGCCGGGAACAGUCUGCAGAGCAAAUACUGUGUGAUCAUCCAGGGGAGCAACAGCUACAAGGAGCUGGAGGACAGCAGCCAGUACUAUGCACAGUCCUUCCCAAACAUCCCCGAUCAUAGACGUUGCCCAAGCCUGACCGGGCGGGAGGUCCUGACGCCCUUCCCAGGGCUGGGCACGGCCGUGGCCCCUGCACAGGGUGGGGCCCACCUGAAGCAGUGUGACCUGCUGAAGCUGUCCCGGCGGCAGAAGCAGCUCUGCCGGAGGGAGCCUGGCCUGGCCGAGACCCUGCAGGACGCUGCCCACCUCAGCCUGCUCGAGUGCCAAUUCCAGUUUCGACACGAGCGCUGGAACUGCAGCCUGGAGGGGAGGACCGGCCUGCUCAAGAGAGGUUUCAAGGAGACGGCCUUCCUGUACGCAGUGUCCUCGGCCGCCCUCACCCACACUCUGGCCCGGGCCUGCAGCGCCGGCCGCAUGGAGCGCUGCACCUGUGACGACUCUCCGGGCCUGGAGAGCCGGCAGGCCUGGCAGUGGGGCGUGUGCGGCGACAACCUCAAGUACAGCACCAAGUUCCUGAGCAACUUCCUGGGGCCCAAGAGAGGAAGCAAAGACCUGAGGGCCCGGGCGGAUGCUCACAACACCCACGUGGGCAUCAAGGCAGUGAAGAGUGGCCUCAGGACCACGUGUAAGUGCCACGGCGUGUCGGGCUCCUGCGCCGUGCGCACCUGCUGGAAGCAGCUCUCCCCCUUCCGAGAGACGGGCCAGGCGCUCAAGCUGCGCUAUGACUCAGCCGUCAAGGUGUCCAGCGCCACCAACGAGGCCUUGGGCCGCCUGGAGCUGUGGGCCCCUGCCCGGCCCGGCAGCCCCACCAAGGGCCUGGCCCCGCGGCCUGGGGACCUGGUCUACAUGGAAGACUCGCCCAGUUUCUGCCGGCCCAGCAAGUACUCGCCCGGCACGGGGGGCAGGGCGUGCUCCCGGGAGGCCAGCUGCAGCAGCCUGUGCUGCGGGCGGGGCUACGACACCCAGAGCCGCCUGGUGGCCUUCUCCUGCCACUGCCAGGUACAGUGGUGCUGCUACGUGGAGUGUCAGCAGUGCGUGCAGGAGGAGCUCCUGUACACCUGCAAACAUUAG